AUGUCUGCCCAGGACACUGAGGACUUUGGAGCAGAAAACCUCUCUGAAAGGUCUCGGAUGAUCCCUAGCCUCCCCCCAUAUGACAUGGAUGACCAGCUCCUUCCCAGGGAGCCUCGGAGCGCCUGGUGCUGCCUGGCGUGGGCCCUGGCCAUAGGCACCAUGAACUCCUUGGUCUUGCUCAUGAAUUUGCUCCUGAUGUUUGUUAUUUUCACCAUUGUGCUGCUCCCUACCAUUGUGGUGGUUUACUUUGGCUUCCAGUGCCACUCCCAGGUGCUGCAUUCCUCUGCUCGCUACUGCAAGAGUUUCUUGGAUGAUAACAGCUCUUCUGCCCUCAUCAUCCUUGGCUUUGUCAUCAUGUCCCCCCUGAUCGUGAUGGCCAUGGCUAUCUACUGCAGCCUGGCACGGCGCCUGCGUCUCUUCAUGUGCUUCCAGCCCUACAGCUUGGCUGUCUACAAGGGGGGCAGGUGGUGCCACUAUGAGGAGGGAGGUCUGUGUGGCUGUGCCAGGGGCUGCAACACUCAGGUCAAGGCCUGGGUGUGA